CUAACCGCGGUUAACGCCUCGGGUUAAAGACCCGGCACUGGUCCUUAACUUAGAGAGAGAAUCUCGGAAAGGUGGUGAUUUUUUUUUUUCUUUGGUCUGCUGAGUUAGAGAGAGAGAGAGAGGGGGGAGGAGGGAGGGAGAGAGGUCUGUUUCCUUGCUUUUUCGUGAUUUUGUGGGAGGAUUUUGAUUGAUUUUUACUCGGAGUUUCUGGAUAUGUGGAUCAUGGAGAAGAGUGGUGAUUUUUUCCAGGCGACGUGUUGGGUCUGUGUGAGUCAGUCUCCUUCUGUUGCUUCCUUUCACUUGGGGAUGGGGAUGGGAAGGGGUGGGGGUGGGAGGAGUGAGUAGAUGGAACCUGUUCCAUCCAUCAUCUUCUGUCGGAUUUUUUUUUUUUUUCUUUUUGGCUUUCUGGAUCCAAAAGAAUAGGGUUUUAGAUAGUAGGAGAGUGAAUGGUAGGGUUUGGUGAAGGUAUUUUUGGGGGGUUUCUUUACUAUUUGGUGGAGGUUUCUAUCUUUUCUUGGGAGAUUAGGAGCGACGGCACGGUGUUCUUUGUGAGAAAUGGGGAACGAUUCUGGGGUUCUUUUAGUUGAGUGAAAGAUUCCUUUCUGAGUAGUGUUGUUGAUGGUGGUGAGUUAGGGUCAGACUUAGGGUUUUAGGCAUUGUUGCUUUGCUGUCGAGUGGUUAAGGUGAGAGAAAGAGCAUUUUUUGGAUUGUGGGUGUUCUCUCUCUUUUUUCUUGUGCCCCUUUUUUCAUGCUUUUGGUGGUUGUUUCCUUUACUGGGUAGGGAAAAUCUAGGCAUAUUCUGGUGUUUUUGGAUCACCUUUAGGUGUAGUGGACCUUGGUUGGCGUGUGGGUAGCGAAGAGCAUGGCUUCGUUUCCGGACGAGAUCGUCGAGCACAUAUUCAGCUUCAUCUCCGGCCACCGCGAUCGGAAUUCGUUGUCUCUGGUGUGCAAGUCGUGGUACCGGAUCGAGAGAUGGUCGAGGGAACGAGUGUUCAUUGGGAAUUGCUAUUCCAUCAGCCCGGAGCGCCUGAUCUCGAGGUUUCCGCGGAUCAAGUCGCUCACUCUGAAGGGGAAGCCUCAUUUUGCAGAUUUCAACCUGGUUCCCCAUGAUUGGGGAGGGCAUGUUUACCCAUGGAUUGAGGCCAUGGCGAAGAGCUACCCGUGGCUGGAGGAGAUACGGUUGAAGAGGAUGGUGGUCUCCGAUGAAAGCCUGGAGCUUCUCUCCCGAUCAUUUCCGAACUUCAAGUCCUUAGUUCUUAUCAGCUGUGAUGGUUUUACCACGGACGGCAUUGCUGCAAUUGCUGCACACUGUAGGCACCUAAGAGAGCUGGAUUUGCAAGAAAAUGACAUCGAAGAUCACAGGGGAAACUGGCUCAGUUGCUUCCCUGACACAUGCACAUCACUUGUACGGCUCAAUUUUGCUUGUUUGGAAGGUGAAGUGAACGCUGGGGCACUAGAAAGGUUGGUUAGUAGAUGUCCAAACCUUAAGAGCUUGCGCUUAAAUCGAUCGGUCCCUCUUGAAGUUCUUUACCGGAUUCUGUUGCGAGCUCCUCAGUUGGUGGACUUAGGUACAGGUGGGAAUUCACAGGAACCUCGCACUGUUCGCUCUGCUAAUAUUGCCAAUGCCUUUCUCAAGUGCAAGUCAUUGAGGAGCUUGUCUGGAUUCUGGGAAGUUGCUCCAUCAUAUCUGCAUUUAGUUUCUCUCUGUGCUGGUCUGACUUCAUUGAAUUUGAGCUAUGCUACAAUCCCAAGCAAUGAUUUGAUCAAGUUGGUCCGCCACUGCCCUAAACUUCAGCGCUUGUGGGUGUUGGACCAUAUCGGAGAUGAUGGGCUUCAUGUAGUAGCAUCAACGUGUAAGGAGUUGCAGGAAUUGCGAGUGUUCCCGUCUGACCCUUAUGGUGUAGAUCAUGCUGCUGUCACUGAAGAAGGUUUGGUUGCAGUGUCAAAGGGUUGCCCUGUCCUUCACUCAGUUCUCUACUUCUGUCAUCAAAUGACAAAUGCAGCAUUGAUAGCCAUAGCCAACAACUGUCCAAGAUUCAUCCGCUUCAGGCUAUGCAUCAUAGAACCGAAGAAACCUGAUCACAUAACCAUGGAGCCACUGGAUGAAGGGUUUGGUGCUAUUGUUCAGUCCUGCAAGAACCUUCGUCGACUGUCCUUGUCAGGUCUGCUUACUAAUCGAGUAUUCCUAUACAUUGGCAUGUACGCCGAGCGUCUGGAAAUGCUGUCUGUUGCCUUUGCUGGUGAUAGUGAUGAAGGAAUGCGGUAUGUGUUGAGUGGCUGCAAAAAUUUGAAGAAGCUGGAAAUUAGGGACAGCCCCUUUGGUGAUGGAGCGCUUUUAGCAGAAGUAGAGAAGUACGAGACAAUGCGAUCCCUUUGGAUGUCGACAUGUAAUGUUACAUACCAUGGAUGCAAACUACUUGCAGAAAAGGUUCCAAGACUCAAUGUUGAGAUCAUCAACGAUAGGGAUCUGAUUGAGGAGAGCCCAAGUGAUGGACAGCAGGUUGAUAAGCUCUACAUUUACAGGACGUUGGUUGGGCCACGAAAGGAUGCCCCCAACUUUGUCUUGACGGUGUAGACAUAGGUUGACUGAUAUGCUGGGGGUUGUGUUUGAUGGUUCAGUCGGCUUGAGGCAACAGCGUCACUUCCAAUCGAACUUCGGCAUUUCUCUCCGUUUUCCUAUAGUAGUUGCAUGUACUUGGAUCUUGGUUAUAUAUGGUUAUUUCUAAUCUUGUAACUAUGGAUGAAAGAUUUUGCUAAUUUAUGGUUUGGGACUUGGUUUA